AUGUACUUCCUAUUGGCUAACCUCUCCUUUAUUGAUAUGUCCCUGGCCUCCUUUGCUACUCCUAAGAUGAUCUGUAACUUAAUUAGUAAUAUUAAGUCCAUCUCCUAUGAAGGCUGCAUGGCCCAGAUGUUCUUCCUGCACCUUUUAGGUGGAAGUGAGAUGAUGUUGCUCGUAGCCAUGGCAAUUGAUAGAUUCAUUGCCAUAUGCAAACCCCUCUAUUACAAAAAUAUUAUGAGCCAUCGUGUUUGCAUUGGACUUGCACUUCUCUCCUGGACCACUGGUUUUAUGCACACUAUGAGCCAAAUGGUUUUCACAGUGGCUUUACCAUUCUGUGGCCCCAAUGUUGUGGAUAGUCUUUUCUGUGAUCUGCCUCAGGUGAUCAAACUUGCCUGCACCGACACUUACAUCUUGGAGCUAUUAGUCAUUGCAUUCAGUGGAGUACUUUCUUUGUUCUGUUUCAUCUUUCUGUUCAUUUCCUAUAGCAUCAUACUGAUGACUGUCCUGCAUCGCUCCUCCAGUGGAUCUUCCAAGGCUUUGUCCACUCUUUCAGCCCACAUUACAGUGGUGAUAAUGUUCUUUGGACCUUGCAUCUUUAUCUAUAUAUGGCCAUUCAGCAGUGUCUCCAUAGAUAAGGUCCUCUCUGUGUUUUAUACUAUUUUCACUCCCCUCUUAAAUCCAAUCAUCUACACGUUCAGGAAGAAGGCAAUAAGAAAAAUAAAGAACAAACAUGUGGGUUCCAGGGCAACCUUUUAA